CUGGGAGACACAGUUGUGAUACACGAAGCAGGUUGAGGCUGUGAAGAAGCACAAAAAGGCCCGGUACACGCACCUUUCAAACUUAGAUCAAGACACCCACAACCUCUCCAGCAAGUCGUGCUCAACACCAUCCACCUCGAGCAGAAUGGCAGAGGCAGAAAAGCCCCCCAUUCGAAUCACCACCACUACUCAAACAUUUAAAGGUCAUAGAGAUAGUAUCUUUGGAGUUGCAGUCUUCCCCGAUAGACGCCGUAUGGUGACAGCCUCGUACGACAAGAAGCUUCGUCUGUGGGACUUGGAAAACGGUGUUGUAUUGAAGAUAAUGGAAGGGAAUCGCUCCGGCAUACGAGAACUUGCAGUAUCAAAAGAUGGGGAAUGGAUCGCAAGUGGUAAUGAUGGUGGAGAGGUCAUAGUCUGGAAUAAAGAUGGCGAAUCCCUCACCCAGCCCAUCAAAGUCCACUCCAAAGCGAUAGGGUCGCUUGAUUUUCCCCCAGACAGCACAUUCCUGGCGAGUGGCUCAUGGGAUACCACAGUGGAGCUCUGGAACACGAAAACAUGGUUGGUGGAAGGAGAUCCAAUCAAUUGUGGGUCCGAUGUCCGCUGUGCUCGGUAUUCGCCGUCUGGUGAAUAUCUUGCCAUCGCAACCAAGAAUGAUAUUCAAAUAUGGAAUCCACACAAGAGAGAGCGCCUCGCAAAGUUCCAGGGUCACUCUGCGUUCAAUGGAGCAUGGAAUACCUCACUUGUAUGGACGCCCGAUGGCAAACAGCUUGUCUCGGCUGGUUCUGCGAGUGAUCCCACCAUACGAAUCUGGGAUUCAGCAACCUGGCAGCAGGUCGGUGAACCCUGCAAGGGCCAUCCUAACUUUAUCUUCAUGAUUGCCUUGAACCCUACUGGCACCCUUCUCGCGUCUGCAUCUAGAGACAACCAGGUUCGCCUUUGGCGCCUUUCGGAUCGACAAACCAUCGCCAUAUUCAAGCACUCUGAUGAGGUGUAUUGUGUCGCCUUCUCCGAGGAUGGCAAGUACAUCCUGAGUGGAGGAAAAGAUGCGAUAAUCUCAAAGUGGGCAGUACCUUUGGUGGAGGACAUCCUUAAGGACCAGGCAUCAGAUGAUGCCGCAUCACGGAAAGACACUCUGAAGGAACAAGUAGCAGAUAAUGUUCAACAGUCUGAUUGCGAGAUCCUCGCCAUCAACACGACAGCCCGCAAUGCAUGUAUAACCGGGGACUUGCCUACUGCUGACCGGCUACUUACCCAAGAGAUCAACGCUGAUACCAAAGAUUACAAUUCAUAUGCGAAUCGAUCAUUUGUCAAGGCAAGAAAUUCAGACUGGGACCGCGCACUUGAUGAUGCACUGAAAAGCAUCAGUAUUCAGCCAUCCUUGAUGGGCUGUAUCUCCAAGGGCAUCGCCCUCUGUGGAAAACGACAAUUCGAAGAUGCGAUGCAAGCGUUUGAUAUCGCGUUCAUGUACGUAGACGCAGACUUGAAUAAAACUCGUCUUCUACUCUUGAUCAAGGCCAUCGCCCUUUUCAACGCAAAUCAACGUGACGAGGCAAUUUUGCGGGUUCAAGAGCUAGCUACUACUCGUCCCAAUCCAAAUUCUCUUGCCUGUGGCAUCGUGGAAGCUUAUCUACACGUCCAAUUGGGAAUGGAUGCAUUAGACGAUGCACGCCACAACGAAGCGGCUGACCACUUCACUGCUGCCGUGAACACCAUUGGUUUCCCGUCUAUGUCGGCCAUCCAUUCUAGAUAUGAUAUCUUCGUGGUGUUAUUCGGGUGGGACCUCAAGUCCUUGUGGCAAACUGCAAACCAGAAUUGGUGCAAUGCGCUCCUCCGGGCAGGUAGACUUCCAGAAGCCAUCGAAGCAUAUCGAUACAUGAUGGAUAGGGCCGAUGAGGCUACAAAAGCACGCUGCAUUGAUUGGUCCACUGCUUUCAAACACGAUUGCAGCAUGCUCUAUCCUACUACCGGAGCGACUGACCUUGCUGCCGUUGGUGAUGAUGCCCUCGCUGCAGGUGAUUACGACAGGGCUAUCGAGCUUUACUCUGCAGCGAUCCACCUUGAUUUGGCAACCGAUACAAUUUUUGCAAAGCGCAGUAAGGCGAGGUCGGGCAAAAUGCUAUGGGACGAUGCACUUCUUGACGUGGAAAAGGUCAUCGAACUCAACCCUUCAUCUUACUUUGGAUAUCAGUUGAAGCAUGAGGUACUUCAUGGCGCACAUCGAUAUGACGAAGCCAUCGAGGCGUUCAAAAUCAUGCUCUCCAAGUUGGAAGAUGCUCCCGACACGGAAACAACAAACUUGCGUCGACAGUAUGCUAGUCCAUCUGAAGCAGAAGGUGCUAUUGAAGACAGGAUCAAAGCUCAGCUCGAAGACGCCCCGCAUCGUCUAAUCAACACCUCCACUGGUCGCUUGUGCAAUCGUGAAGUACAGAUCAAUGCCUUCAGAAUGAGCGCAGAGUACAAAGAACUUUUGUCAUCCACAAUGAAACAUGCAGACCUUCAAAUGGAGCGCAUUCGAGACGUGGUGGCGAUGUACUUCCGUUAUGUCAUGCUAUCGCAUAGGUGGGAAGGGGCGGAGCCAUCGCUGCAUGACAUCCAGAACAAGGUGGUGUACGACUUGGAUCCAGUCGGCGGCAUCCCAAAGUUGCAGUCAUUCUGUAAAACUGCUCGUGAUAUGGGGUAUCGCUGGACAUGGAUCGAUACCUGUUGCAUCGACCAGACUAACAAUGUCGAGGUCCAACAAUCGGUCAACUCCAUGUUCAUCUGGUAUCGCCACUCGGCACUUACCAUCAUCUACCUGUCGGAUGUUCCACCUUCAUCGCAGCCUGGGGCACUCGCAAGUAGCGUUUGGAAUACGCGAGGAUGGACAGUUCAAGAAUUCUUGGCUCCAAAAUUUGUCCUAUUUUAUCAGAAAGAUUGGUCUCUAUAUCUCGACGAUCGUUCUCCCAAUCACAAGGAUUCCCUUGAAAUCAUGCAGGAGAUGGGACAUGCGACGGGCAUAGAUGCACAGUCCCUUGUUGCCUUCCGUCCAGGGAUGAGAGACGCCCGGGUGAAACUCCAAUGGGUCUCGGCGCGUGUCACCACGUGGCAGGAAGACAUCGCAUACUCAUUGUUCGGUAUCUUCGGCGUCAACCUACCUGUCAUUUAUGGAGAGAAAAGGCAAAAGGCGCUUGGGAGGCUCUUGCAGGAGGUAGUAGCUCAAUCGGGCGACAUCAGUGCCCUGGACUGGGUGGGGCAAUCAUCCGAAUUCAAUAGCUGUCUGCCAGCCGACAUUACUUCAUACAAGGCACCACCAUACACCCUGCCAUCUCUGUCUGAAGACGAGAUUCAGAGAUCAAUCUCGUCGCUCCGACAUGUCGCGGGUGUGGAUUUCGUAAUGUCAAUCUACACCCUGCUUGACGACCUGAAUGCGCCUCGUUUCGCGAACUGCAGGCUGCAUCUGCCUUGCAUCGCAUUUCGCGUCACAGCAGUCAAACGGAGUCGAGCUCAGGACCAGGAGAUAUAUGAAGUCAAGGCCGACGGGCUUCAUGACCUGCUGAUCACCACGAAGGAUAAGCUGACUCAGUUCUCAUCACCGCGACCCACUAUGCAGACGUUCUUUCUUGUUCGUCCGUGGAAUCGUUAUCUCCUGGAGCUUCCUGACUUUGCGGAGCCGUCUGGCUUGGCAGGGCUGCUUGACGUUGAUGACGACAUGCAGAGCGAAGAAGAUUAUUGGUCUGCGCCCGGGUCUCCGUUACAGAAUUCCUUUUCCUCUGGCGGGUUCCCUGAAGCACAGGAGUCGGUUGAUCCGGAACUGAGCGAUCGAGCCUUGCGGUUGACUGCUCGCCUUGAACAGCCUUUUGGAGCAUUUUUGCUAGCGCAGCAGCGUGGCGGAGAAUACAAGAGGAUCGCGUCGGAUCAUGAUAUUAUUGCACAAGUUACAGACCUUUCUUCUAUUUUGGACAUGGUCAAGACGCUAGAAAUAUUGUAGCGGUAUGCAUUUUGGGUGUCAAUAAUCCAAGAGUGUGAACUUGAUGUAUGAGAUGAGCAAUGCCCACGGAAUGCCCCCGUCUUCUCUAGACAUGAGCUGCCCUGUGGCUAACGGUUGCGGGUUGGAUGGAUGAGGAACAUAAUCUUCACCAUGAAUCAAGUUGUCAUCAGCAUCAUGGUGUACAAAUGGAUGUGAGACCCGGACUACAGUGUGAAAAUGAACGAGGCAUCCCAGUUGACCCAACGCAUGACAAACAUAAAAAAUGGGCGGCAAUGACGAGCGGUUUAUAAGUGAGCUUUGAAGGUUGUAGGACCACUAGCGGUAGCAGAUGAUUUGUUGGUGUGUAGUCAAGACUGAAAAAGAUGU